AUGACUUUCCAUCUAUCAUCUUUAUUUUCAUCCGGCGGCAGUUCCAACCCACAGGCCUGUGCCUCUUUUUCAAUCCGCCCAGCACCCUGGGAUGGAACAAAGAUUCUAGUCCAUCAAACGGGCUAUCCCAUCGAUUCCCCCCCGAUGUACUCCAUCACGAUAUCUUCGUCAGGCAAGAGUAACGUGGUAGUGUCUCGUGGGUGGGGUGGAGGUCCGUGGGACGUCGUUGGCGAUGCUCGGCUCCCAACCUUUUCUUCCAAGAUCCAUCUUACUAUUCACGGCCAACCGACGGAGAUGCGCUUCAGCGAGAUGUCAGGCAAUUCCAGUUUUCCAACCCCCUCUAUGGGUAAACUGAAGUGGAAGCUUGAUUCGAUGUCGACAAAAAAGAUGGACUUGCUCGAUGAAUCUGGCAGAAAACUAGCCAAGGUUCAUUCCGGGAAGGCAUCCGGCGAGAAAAUACUGGAUAUUCUCAUUCCUCACGACAUAUUCUUCCUUGAAGUGGUGCUCCUAUCUGCUUGGGCCAACAAAGCUCAGAACAAGACUGCACUGGAGGCAUCAGGGGAGGUGAUAGGCGCUGUGCUAGGUGCUUAA